AUGGCUGAGAAUGAGGGGAUCUGGACCGACAAGGAUGAGGAUGAAUUUGUCGAAGAGCUACGCAUGGAGCUUGACAAGGUGUAUUCGUUCCAGAAAAGCAAGGUCUCUGAGCUUACGGGUCGGAUUGAACAAGUAAAUACGGAAGUCAAUCAGCUCCUGGCGGCCCGCUCGGAGCACGCCCACAAGGGAGCUGGGGACCAAGGUCAGGGCCAACAGCAGCAGUCAGACCAGGAACAUGCCCAAGCUCGCCAUCACAACCAAGGGGCUUCUUCAAGCACGGACGCGUCGACGACGACAAUGCAGCCAAGAUCUGGAUCUGGGUCUGGUGAGCACGCACAUGAAACGCACCGUGACGUGAUGUACCAGGCCCGACACAAUGCCGGCUCUGAUGAUGAGUUUGACUCUGACAGUGACGAAACUGACCAUUUUGAGGAGCGCUUCCAGGAUCUGGAAGAAAACUUGGCGAAUGUGAUCGCUGAUGUCCAUGACCUUGCGCUUUUCACCAAGCUGAACUACACGGGAUUCCUCAAGAUUGUCAAGAAGCAUGACAAGCAAACCGGCCGUCUUCUGCGCAAAGAGUUUGUCCAGCACUAUCUGAGCACGCGUCCCUUCUAUAAGGAGAACUAUGAUGCUCUUAUUGUCAAACUGUCGCGGAUGUUCGAUGUCGUUCACACACGAGGCAAUCCUGUGAAAGGCGAUGCCAGUGCUGGUGGCUCGCAGAGUGCGUUCGUGCGUCAGACGACCAAGUACUGGGUGCAUCCAGACAACAUCGUACCAUUGAAGUUGUUCAUCCUGAAACAUCUGCCUGUACUCGUGUUCAAUACAGAGAAGGAAUACCAGCCGGAAGAUAGCGCCAUUACGUCGAUCUACUACGACAAUGAGGACCUCGAACUCUACUUGGGACGUCUCGAAAAGACAGAAGGUGCCGAGGCUAUCCGCUUGCGUUGGUACGGCGGCAUGGACAACAAGAUGAUUUUCGUCGAGCGCAAGACGCAUCGCGAGGACUGGACGGGCGAGAAGAGUGUCAAGGCACGCUUUCCCAUCAAAGAGGAGCUUGUCAAUGCGUACAUGCGUGGCGAGCACCGCAUGAACGACACGUUUGAAGAGAUGCGCAAGAAAGGCAAGAAGUCGGACAAGGAAAUUGACUCGAUGAUCCAGCUGGCGUCGGAGGUGCAAUAUAGUGUGCUCUCGCGCAAACUCCAGCCAGUGAUGCGCUCGUUCUACAAUCGCACGGCAUUCCAGCUUCCUGGUGAUGCGCGUGUGCGCAUUUCGCUCGACACAGAGCUAACGCUCGUACGUGAGGACAACUGGGAUGGCAAGCAGCGCUCUGGCAACAACUGGCGCCGCAUGGAUAUUGGCAUCGACUAUCCGUUUGAACAGCUUCCUGAAGGCGACGUUGAGCGUUUCCCCUACGGCGUGCUGGAAGUCAAGUUGCAGACACAGAUGGGCCAAGAGCCGCCCAAGUGGGUGCGUGAACUUGUGCAGAGCCAUCUCGUAGAGGCUGUACCGAAGUUCUCCAAGUUCAUCCACGGUUGCGCGACGCUCCUGUCGAACCGAGUGGACCUCGUGCCGUUCUGGCUGCCGCAGAUGGACAUUGACAUUCGCAAGCCCGUGUCGAUGAACUUGGCACUGGAUCGCCCCCACCACAGCUCGUCGCAAUCAGACCACACCCACAGCAGUGGUGGGCGCAACCCGCAGUACGAGCCGAUCAGUGAGGAUGAGUUUGAAGGCGAUGACAACGAGCACCGCGAGUCGCGCAUUGCGGACGAACAACAGGAGGCUGAUAAUGUUGGUCUGUCAGCCUUUGAUCCACGCAUCAAGGAAAUUCGCGAGCAACGUGAGAAAUACCUGAUCGAGCACCGGAAGGAGUCCGAGGGUGCCCAGAAGGCUGCAUCGAAGGCGCCGACCAAGGACACAACGACUGCUUCGCGCUCCGAUUUGCAUGUGCCUCUGAGCCGCGCAGAUAUCUUGUCGCCUUCGUCCGUAUUUGACAAGAAUUACUUGCAGAAGUUCGGUAACAAUAUCAGCCGCCUGUGGCAACAUCACUCGUCCGCGGAGCGUGAGUCGGGCGCUCAUCAAGGUGGUGAUGAUGAGGGCGAAGAGCGUGUGAUUCGUGCGCUGCAAGGCCGGGAUGAGGAGGAGCCGCGUGGAUCUGGCUCAGGACCUCCUGCUGGUGUCGAGUAUGUAACGGACUUCCAUGCUGAGCCUGGCAAGAGGGUGUCGGUGCCGAUCCGUGUGGAGCCGAAGGUAUACUUUGCAAACGAGCGGACGUUCCUCAAGUGGCUCGAGUUCAGUGUGAUGAUUGCUUCUAUCGCCACAGGUCUGCUGAACUUCCAGCGUGCAGGUGACACUAUCGGUCUUAUUACGAGUGCCUUGUUCACGCUUAUCGCUCUUUUCACCAUUGCCUACUCGGGUGUGCUGUACAUGUGGCGCGCACUCAAGAUUCGCGAGCGCUGCUCUUCUAAUGUGUACUCGGACCUCUAUGGUCCUACAUUUAUCUGCUUUGUAAUUCUUGCGGUUACGCUCAUUAACUUUGGCAUGCGGUACUUUGAGACGAGCGAGGCCCGCUUGUUCCGUGGCGUUCUGAACUAA